AUGGACGAUAAAGAGUAUUAUAAUGAUGUGGAAGUAGACUCGGUUGCAUCUACUUUUGAAGCUAACAGAAAUAAAUAUUUUUUUAACGAAAAUAUUAGCAGUAAUAUGAUAAAAAAAAAUGAAUCGAAUGUCGGUACUAACGACCAUGAUCGUAAAAUAAAUGUAAGUAAUACCCUUAAUCUUUUGAAUAAUACUAAUAGUAAUCAUAAUAGUAAAUUUGGAAAUACCAAUAGUAGUAUUAACUCCAGUACGUUCUGUACUGAUAAUUAUACUAUAAACAGCUCGAAUAAUAUAAUGGGUGCCGUGAGGAAUUUCGCUUAUAGCAGCAAUGUUAGUAGUAGUAACACGUACAGUAACAAUAAUAAUAUAAACAAUAAUAAAAAUAAAAGUGGUGGUAGUAGUAGUAGUAAUAUGCAUAGUAACAAUAAUAAUAAUAAUAAUAAUAACAAUAAUAGUGGUGGUAGCAGUAGUACCAAUGCGCGUAACUGUAAUAACGGAAGCAGUAAUGCACAUAAGGGUUCAUCUAACAACACCGCGAAUACAUUCCACCCGUAUAAAGAAGGGUUCAGUGAUAGUAUAGAAAUAAAUAAUGUAAAAAUCAAAAUGUUUAACAAACGAACUAAUAAAAAUGUGAACAGUCAUAACUAUAAUAGAAAUAAUUACAACAAUGUGAAUAUUAAUAAAAAUAUGAAAAACUUUAGAAACAGAUUUAACCAUUUUAAUAAGGCUGGUAUGAAGCAAGAUGGGAUUGUGCGGAGCACUUGUCGAGAUGACAACAGUGAUAGUAUCGUCAAUUGCAUUAUUAAUGGAAGUGAAAAUGGUAAUGGUAGUGGUAAUGGCAGUGGUAAUGGUAGUGGUAAUGGCAGUGGUAAUGGCAGUGGUAAUGGUAGUGGUAAUGGCAGUGGUAAUGGCAGUGGUAAUGGCAGUGGUAAUGGAAGUGGGGUUAUAAACAGAAUCGAAAGUGAAGGAGGAGUAAACGAUGAGAGUGGGUAUGCUGAGUACGGGCAAUACAACCAGUACAGUCAGCUUAACGAACAGGGAAACUUAAAUGUAGGUGUAGAAAAAGAGGAUAAUGUCGAAAGAGGAGGGGAGGGUGGUGAACAUUCAACUGAUACGUAUUAUGAUUAUAUGCAACAAAGAAAUGGUAAGGUACAGAAUAAUAAAGUUAAUAGUCGAAAUUUUUAUGAAAAUAAAAAAAUAAAAAACAACAAGUUGUAUAAUAAUAAUAUUAUUCCUAUAAGUACUGAUGAAAAUGAAAAUGAAAAUAAUAUUUUGAAUAUGAAUAAUAUUGUUCAUAAUAACACAAGUAGUGAAAAUAAUGAUAUGCACAAUGGUAGUAGUAGUAGUAGUAUUAUAAGAAAUAGUAACAAUAACAAUGAUAAGGAUGUGAUGAUCUCCUCUAAAUAUAAUCGUUUUAUUACUGAUGGAAAGAAGGAAGUUUAUAAUGAGGAGCAGAACCACUUUACUAAAGGAAAUGGUAUCCAAAAUAUAAAUGAUAAUAAUAUAAAUAUGAAUAUACAUGAACAACAAAUGUAUUAUGCAAAUACAAAUAAUGGUAAUAAUAUAAUGACAGAUAUAAAUAGUAACAUGAAGAAGAGGAAAAGUGUUAUGUUUGACUCAAGCACAUUUUAUAAACAUAAACAAAAAAAAAAUUAUCAUAAAACUUUCAAUGAUUCAUUAAAAAGGUAUUGUAAUAAUUCUUUAAAAUUGGUGGACAGGAGUAUAAAAAAGAAUAACAUGUCGUUUGGUUAUAGUAACAAUAAGAAGAAGAAUAUGCAAAACGGUAUGAACAGAAACUCUGUUCUGAGUAGCAGUAGUGGUAGUAGUAACUGUGGAGAUAGCAAUUACAGCGGUAAUAAUUGUAAUAAUAAUAGUAAGGAUAACAAUAGUAGUAACGGCAGUGGUAAUCGUAGUGGUAAUAAUAACGAACUAAAUGACUACAAAAAUGUGGAGGACCCCUUCUCGGAAGAAUUGUACAGCAUGCCGGGGGGAAAUAACACUAACAGAAAUAAUAAUACGAGCACAUUUUAUAAUAAUAUUAACAAAAAAUCGUUCAGUAAUAUAACUUUUUCGUUAAACAAAUACCUAAACUCAGUUGUUAGCACUGAUAAGUCGAAGAGGAAUAACGCGAACAUUGAUCGUAUUGCAAAUGGGAGCAAGGUAGUGAGCAUUAGUAAUAAUGGUAACAAUAACAGUAGCACGAAUGGGAAUGGGAAUGAUACUGCUAAUAACAAUGAGAAUGGCAAUAGCAGUAGCUUAGCUAGCCAUAUAAGUAUCAAUAAUUACAACGCUGUCAGUUUGGACUACAACUCAGGAGGUGUAAAUAACAAGUAUAACGAAACGAGUUCAUAUAAACACGACGAUUUAUUUCGUAAGAACAACUCCUGUUACAGAAGCGAAGGGUUUGAUAACUAUGACCAAAGUAAUAUUAAUAGUAGUGGACUAACUUUUUUUAAAAAAAGUGAAGAGGGGGAAAAGUCUGAUUGCAAUAUGAACAGUUUGAAUAUACUCUCAAAAAAUUAUAAUAUACCACAACAAAAUGUACAAGAUUUAAAAAGUAUGAUUGGUAAUGAACUAAAUUCUAAUAGUAAGGUAAUAUGUGAGGGUGCAAAUUAUUUCAUUAUGGGAGAAGGAAGUAUAAACAGCUUUAACAAUAUCAGCAUUAACAACAUGAACAACAAUCAGAGUUACAUUGAAUGCUUAAGCGAAGUGUCCGAAAUAAGUGAUGAUGAAGAGGGAGAAAAUAAAAAUAACUGCUUAGAUGAAAGUACUAAUGUAGAUGAGGAUGUUAAAAAUGCUAAUAAUUGCAAAAAUUGGAAUAGCAUGAAUAAUAGAGACAUCAACCUGGGUGAUUCUAAUGCACCUACCGCAUCUGUUUCAUCUGUUGUAUCUGCUGUAUCUUCCUCAUCAGCAUCAUCUGCCUUACCCAAUAUGGUCAAUUCUGCACCUUCAAUGGAUAACACACUUUUCAGUCAACGUGUAGGAAAUAGGUCAGACAUGAUGGAAACUGUGUAUAACUUGUACAACUACAAUAAAGAUAUGAUUGGUGUGAAUAGAGAAAUGAAUUCCAAUACAUCAGUUGUUAAUAAUUCAAGUUUCAAAGUAGGAGUAGUACAGGAGGGGGAAGGGGAGGAUGAGAAGGAUGCGUAUGUGGAGAAGAGAAAUGCCUACCACAUGAAGAAUGCAAAUAAUAGAGCCCAUAAUGACGACCAAAGUUAUUUGAGCAGCUACGAUGUGAAUACUAUAAGCAAUGACAGUUAUAUUGGCACGAACUGUGGAAGUAACAUCUUUUUUUCACGUGGUCAAAGUAAAGAAAAGAAAAACAUAAAAAGCAAUUUUAAUGAAAUGAAUUCAAUAAUUGCUCAGAGUAAAAAUUACACCAUACAUAACAGUAGUAUGGACGGUAAAUUUUCAAGUGAUAAUUUUUCGAGUAAUCAUUAUACUAAUGAAAAUAUAAAGGAGGACAUUAAAAUAAAUGAAAAAAUGGAUAAUAUCAUAUUCGCUAGUUCUAUUGAACCAGACGACGAUACUAAUAACCCUAAUGAUAAUACAAAUAUGGAUGAACACAAUGAGGGGGCAACUGAUACCGGUAUAAUAAACAAUAAUAUAAGUACAACAAUGAUGAGAGAGAAGCAAGAGAAUAACAUGAUAGAGGAAGAUGAUAGAGAAAUUAAAAAGGCUUUUUCCAUUAAUCAUGUAAACAGUGAAGAUAUGUAUAUCAACACUUAUAUGCCAUACCCGCCAGAAAAGUAUAACAAUAUUUACGAGUUGCAUGAAAUAAAAAUUUUAUCACCUCAUAUACUGAAAACAAAAUUUCACAAAGAAGGUAAAAGCUAUCAUUCAUCCUUAAAAGAUGGAAAACUAAUUUUACUACUUGACUUAGACAAUACAUUACUACAGGCUACUUCCUUUGCAAAAUUUAAUAUGGAAUUACCUUUAGAAAACUUUGUGGAUGAAAAUGGAGAACCCGAAUUAUAUAAAUUUUUUUUACCGUAUUAUAAUUUUUUUUAUUAUUUAAAAUUUAGACCAUAUGUACGCCAGUUUUUACAAAUAUUAUCCUUAUAUUAUGAAUUAUCUAUAUAUACAAAUGCUACAAGAGAAUAUGCAGAUGUAGUAAUAGCAAUACUGGACCCUGACCGGAAUUUGUUUGCGGAUAGAAUAGUAGCUAGAUGCAGUUCUGCAGAUAGAGAUGAAAAUAAACAUUUUUCAAAAAUAUAUCCAAAUAUUGAUUCGAGAUAUGUUAUCGCAUUUGAUGAUAGGAAAGAUGUGUGGUCAGAUAUUCCUCAUUCUCAUAUAUUAAAAGCAGAACAUUAUAAUUUUUUUGAAUUAAGUAAAUAUGACAUUAUUUCACAUUUCAAAGAAUCAACUACUUGUAAAAAGAAAUUUGUCGAUAUGGAUAUGCAUUUACAUUAUAUGACUAAAAUUUUUUUAAAAUUACAUAAAACAUUUUUUGAAAAUCCGUUAGAAGUAGAUGUAGGGAAAAUCAUAGAUACAAUUAUGUUAAAUACGUUAAGUAAUGUUGGAGUUUAUUUCACAGGUUUUAGAAAAAAUUCAAAAAAUGCACAAAAUGUGUUAACAUCAGAUUGUGAAGAUAGACAAAAAGAAAUAGCCUUAGAAUUAGGUGCAAAAAUUUACUCAAAUUAUGAUAUACCUGGUGUAACCCAUAUUAUAGCAGCAAAGAAUUGUACAGAUAAUUUAAUAAAAUCCAAAAAAUCAGAUUACAAUCAUAUCCAGAAAGUACAUACAUUAUGGUUAUAUCAUUGUAGAGGAACUUUAGAAAGUGGUAACUCCACCUACUUUGAUGCGGAUGAACUUUGUAAAAUAUAUAAUAAUAAACCUCCAUUACAUCCAAAGAAAGAUCAUUGGUUCUUUGGAAAUAAAGAUGAUUUAAGAAAACAAGAUGAUACUAAUGAUUGCAUUAAAAUUGAAAAUCUAAAAUCAAGGAUUUUCCUUGGUACAGGGGAAUAUACACAUGACGCGGUUAUCUGCUCUCCCUUUGAACAAAUUAAUAUUAAAUGGAUAGAAAAGGAAGUUAAGUUAAGGCAAAUUUAUGAUACCCCAGUCAAUGUUGCAUCAAAUGAUGCUAAGACAAAUGAAAAAAGUCAAUUUAGUGAAAACGCAAAUCUUAUGUGCCAUAAUUUUGAUGUCGAUGAUAAUUUCCCCUGUCUAGGAAGCACCUUUGAGGAUCUUAGCAAUAUCAGUAUGGGUUAA